AUGUCUCCGUUGUCAUACACCUUAGCUGUAUUUGUGUUUAACACUGUCUGUAAUGCAGACAUACCAACUGUAGAGAUCUCUACCGGUACACUAAUCGGUACCGUAGAAGAAUUCAGCAGUGAAUUCGUUGACGGUGCACGGACUGUACAUGUCUAUAGGGGUAUACCGUACGCUGAACCACCGGUCGGUGACCUGAGGUUUGCACCGCCUAAACCCAAGACACCGUGGCAAGGGGAGUACGAUGCUAGCGACUUUCGUACUGCGUGCAUACAGCCAGACAUCCCAAUGGUUCCCAUUGACAAAAUACAGAACGAAGACUGUCUGCAUCUGAAUGUAUACGUACCACAGCCACAGGGCAUUAUUGAGAAUCCUACCACCAUUGCUGAUAUAAUGGUACCAUUCCCGCCUAAUAUGGAUGGUAAAUUUGUGAAUGACGAUCCUAUAGAUGCAACUAGAGAGAAGGCAUAUAAUGGCGAAGAAUUAAUGAUUGGUACCGUGGCCGAUGAAGGGAUGGAGUUUUUGUUUUUGCUUGAAUAUUCAGUUAACGAGACAAUUUAUCAGACGAUGUACCCCACAUUCGUGCCAGAUAAAAACCAAGCUGUCUUAGACGUAAUUAAACUAAUUUACGUAGACUGGGACCACGCCGAUGAGCAGGAUGCCAACUACCUGUCAGCGUUGAGUCAGAUGGUAGGGGAUAUGAUGUUCGUUUGUCUUGCUGACGUCGUUGCACGUGCUCAUCAUGAAACGGGACAUUCUACAUAUAUGUACCAUAUGACUCAUGUUCCUGUACAGUCAAUACGACCGAUUAAAUUCGACACGGUACAGCAUGCAGAUGACGUCGGUUUUGUUUUUGGUUAUCCUCUUCUUACAGAGAAUCAGUUGGUACUUGGUGGAGAUGAGACGACCCUAAUUAAGUGGAUACCGAAUGAAGUUGAUGUGAAUGUAUCCUUACAAAUCAUGAAGUACUGGACAAAUUUCGCCAAAACUGGUAAUCCUAAUCGUAGUUCUGCAAGUGAUGAAGAUAACAACGAUGACUGGCCAUUGUUUACAGUGCCUGGUUUAGCGUAUAAACAACUCUCAUUAUCAAUGGAGAAUAGUAACGCAUUGAAAGCAAGAGAAUGUGCAUUCUGGAAUCAAUUUGAACCAAAGCUUCAGCAAUCUG